GAGCCGUGGGGAACCGGAGGCACCCGCGCUUCGGGAGGUCGUGGGAGCACCGGGGGAGCCUGCUCUAUGGGGCACCUGGGAGGCACCGGCGGAACCUGCGGUACCGGGGAAAACACGGCGGAGCAGCCGGAGGAUCGCCAGGCCGCGGGGAGCGGCCGCGGGCAGAAGGACUUCUUCCCUGACGGCUCGGCCUGGCAGGCCGAGAGGCUGCGGCGCUGCUCCCAAGAGCAGUGGCAGCUGCUGUCCGAGGAGCGCCCGGGGCGGCCGAGGAAUCUGGUGAAAGCUGAGUGGAAGCCAGAACAGGGCAUCGUGGAGCUGAAGUCCCCUGCGGGAAAGUUCUGGCACACCAUGGGGUUCUCGGAGCGAGGCAAACAAUGUCUGCUGCCUGAGGAAGCUCUGUAUCUGCUGGAGUGUGGCUCUGUCCAGCUCUUUUACAGAGAUGUGCCCCUGUCAAUCCAGGAAGCCUAUGAGACCCUAUUGUGCCAGGAGGCAAUGAGCCUAUCACAUUACCAGGUGUUCAGCCACUUGAAGCAACUGGGUUAUAUUGUACUGAGAUUUGACCCCAGCACUGUCCCGUCUCCCUAUGAGAGGCAGCUGAGCUUGGAAAGUCACUGCAAGAACUCUGGGAAACACCAUCGCAAGAGGAGGAGGAGUUCCAGCCCCCGGUUGCAUGAGAAGAAACAUAAAAUAUACGAAGAUCUUCCAGAAGCUGAAGGGACCUCCGGCAAAGAUGGAGAUGACCAUGGAGACUCCAUUCCCAUGGAUGAAAAUCCCUUGUCAGUGCAGCCAAAGGAACCAGAUGCUGUCAGUGCAGAGGGGGAGUCAGUGCCAGUUCCUCUUGAUACAGGACAAAACGACUCUCUGAGCUUCUCCAGCAGGCAGACUGGAGAUCACAAGGAGAGCAGCUCUGGCACCCAUGCAACCCGCUGGGAUUUUACCACCAUCACCUUUCCCAACGUGGCCUCAGAUCAGCCGUGCACACAUCUGCCCUCCCCUGACAACAGGCUCCUGCCAGAGAACGUGCCGGGCAGGGAGGUGGACGCAGCUUCGUGGUGCACACGGAUCAACCAGAAACAGGAGAAGCUGUCACGGAAGGAGAGGAAGCAGCGGGAGAGGGAGAGCAGAUACAAGAGCAGUGUCAACGCUGACCAGGAGGUGAGGCGCUGCUCCAACUGGCAGGAGUACAAAGCCCUCUUGGAACAGAGGAGACAGCAGAGGGUUUGGAAGCGACCGUCACACCUGUGGGACCAAGCUGUCACACCACUGCUGCGGCCAGAAGAAGUGACCUCACCAGCUGUGCUUCUCCAGCAGAUCAGUGUGCUGCAGCCCUCCCACAUCCUGGACGGAGCCUCCCGGCUGCAGGAGGACCCAGAGGCCUUGAAGAUAGACUUCAACGUGUAUCAAGCAGAUGCUGUGUCCAAGUUUAAGAAGACGAACCCUGGGAAGCCCCAUGUCAGGAUGUGUGUUCGGAGCUGUAGUAGACAGAGCAAGGAAGGUGGUAAUGCAGUUUUACUAAGCUUUGAUGAGCAGAUCCCGUCCCUGCGGGCUUUGAAGCAGGUGACGUAUCUGAGUGGGGACGUCCCGCUGGUCUUUGCGCUGGUGGAUCAUGGAGAAAUCACCUUCUAUUCACUGAAGGAGUUCAAGCUGCCCGUUGAUGUUAAUCACUGAAGUUGCUGUCACUUGCAGAAAUGGGAUGGGAUAAAGGGAAGAGCUUUACUCAGGAGUUGUUUUCCUGAUUAAUGGAAUAUUACAGAAAACAGAGCCUGUCAUAACUGGAACUGUAGGAAGUUGGCCACUUUAUUGGCUAUUACAGACUUCAUCCACCCAGAUGGCUCAGACAUAGUGUGUAAUUUACAGCACACAAGUGUGUUUGGCUUAGCUGGGCAUUUCUGGGCAGGAGUACACACUGCUUUGUUCUUGAAGCUGCUGGCUCUCCAGCUUUUUCACCUCACAGACCACCAGCCUGCCUUUCCUGAGUCAUCUUUUGCUGACUGUAGACCAUUAGAAAACACUUUGCUGGUGAUCUUUUUGUCACAUGUAAAGAACCACUGUGCUACACCGAUGGAAUGGUUGGAGUGUCACUGAGGUAAGUCAGGGACAGAAUAAGCUGAUCAGUGCUGGUGGCCUGAGCCUCUGUCAUUCAGCUGUGCCAACGACCAUCAGAUCAGAUUCUUGUCUGAAAAAGGCACAGCCAUAAACUCAGUCACCUGGAGGAUCGUUUCCAGACACUUCAGAGCAGGAAACUGUGCCUUGAACACAAUUCAUCAGCCAGAGGUCACAAAGCCCCAGAGCAUUGCAAAAGGCAGCUUGGCCUCCUGCAGCAGCUGUGCUGAGAUGCAUUUUGGCCACACAGUGUUAAGCCAUGCUAAAAUUUGACCACCACUAUCACCACACUGCAUCUGACAGUCUCACCAGGGCUGAACUGCAGCCCCUCUCUUUCAGCCCAACAUCCUCUUUCCUGUCUGUGGAUCCUUGUUAUUUCUCUUGCACAUGGGAGGUCCCUGAGUAAAGGAAAAAGCUACAAAUUCCUCAUGAGCCUUCCAAUCGGCUCUCCACCAGGAUAUCUAGGUACCAAAUUUGCUUUAGCCUCUAUGCCAAAAGUGCCAGGUGCCAGAAGGUCUGCUCAGUGGGUGGAAGUGAGCUAAGCAUGGCUGCGUUUGAUAUCAAAGUUUUCAGAACUGUAAUAACAACUGGUUUAGAUAUGUUUUAUUUGGUGUUUUUUAAAUUCCUCUUGGAGAUGUGGAGAAGGCUAAACAAUAAAAAAAUCCUUUUCCAACGA